UCAGUUUUUUUCCCUACCUAGGCUCCAUGCGGGAGAUAUGGAAGAUCACAGGCCUCGAGUUAGCUGCGGGAUUUGGGAGGGCUUGACCGACUGGAGGUGAUGGAGGGCUAAAGGACUUCGAGUGGUGUGCCUAGGAUACCCACACACACUUCGUAUGGAUAGGGAAACGGAGCCCGCGAACGGUGGGAGGAGCCCCCAUUCCUGAGAUUUCACUAGCGCCAACUGUAAGAGGUUCUCCAGGACGGGGCUCACAAGUCUAGACUCAAUUUGAGCUCAUAGUUUACCUAGCCUUCUGGCUCCGUACCUGUCGGUGACCUUGAGCCAGCCCUUAGAUCCCUCUGUGUUCAGAAGUUCAUUCCUCCGUCCCAGGUCAGCGAUUAGGUUCUUAGGAAGCCAGCCUGAGGUCUUUGACUCUUCCCAGGCCGGCGCCUAAUAAACAACACCCCUUAGGAGCACCCCACUCCGUCUCUUAGCUCAGAUUGAUGUCUCAGUGUGAUAAAGACUUCAGCCUGCCUUCUCCAAGGUUUCCCGUUGACAUGGAAUAUGGGACCAUGGUGAAAGUGGGGCUUUAAUAAAACAAAGUCUUGGCUUCGGUAGAGUGUACUCGGAACACCUGUUUACCCUAGCUUUCAGCGUCCCCUUCAAACACUGAUCGGUCAGGAAUUCAGGAAAACCCAAGAAGAGAGGUGUGUGUGUGUGUGUGUGUGUGUGUGUGUGUGUGUGUGUGUGUGUGUGUGACAAAUCCAGGGAGAUCUGUGAUCCAGUAGUAAUUGUUAUAACUGACAUGGGAAUGGUACCAAGUGAGGAAGGGUGGAAGGUGGGGCCAGGCUGAAAUGCCCUUGCUCUAAGCAGCUCUGAGUCCCAGGAAGAGGACAUUCAUGGAGCUGUUGAGAAGACUGUAUUCCCUAGUAGUUCCUACCAUGUUCUUUUAUUCUCUGAAUUUUCGGACUCUUCGGCAGUUCCCUGCACCCUGCCUUCCUUUCUUGGGUGCCCCCACUUCUCCAUUCUGGGUCCCCAGAGCCUCUUUGACUUUGCCUUAAUUGAAGGCCCAUGGGAACCUCAGGAGCAGUGUUGGGGUAUUGGGGAAACAAGUUGUUUAACAAGCCCAUGUAUCCCAGCCUCCCUUGGCUCGGCUCAUCUUAUUGGCAUGUGUUCUCAGGUGGAACUUCAUGGCUAGACUCCAAGACAUGCACACACAGGUUCUUGGAACACACCAGUCCUCACCCCCACCGUGAUGACACAGUGGCAGACACACCCCUCCCUAGAUAUUUAGUCCCUCGUCCUUUGCUGGCUGUGGAGCAAAUUGGGCGGCGGCCUCUGUGGGCCCAGUCCCUGGAGCUGCCCGGGCCAGCCAUGCAGCCCUUACCCACUGGGGCAUUCCCAGAGGAAGUGACAGAGGAGACCCCUGUCCAGGCAGAGAAUGAACCGAAGGUGCUAGACCCUGAGGGGGAUCUGCUGUGCAUAGCCAAGACGUUCUCCUACCUUCGGGAAUCUGGGUGGUACUGGGGUUCUAUUACAGCCAGCGAGGCCCGGCAGCACCUACAGAAGAUGCCGGAGGGUACAUUCCUAGUUCGAGACAGCACCCACCCCAGCUACCUGUUCACACUGUCAGUCAAAACCACCCGUGGCCCCACCAACGUGCGGAUCGAGUACGCCGAUUCUAGCUUCCGGCUGGACUCUAACUGCUUGUCAAGACCUCGAAUCCUGGCCUUCCCAGAUGUGGUCAGCCUUGUGCAGCACUAUGUGGCCUCCUGUGCAGCUGACACCCGGAGCGACAGCCCGGAUCCUGCUCCCACCCCAGCCCUGCCUAUGUCUAAGCAAGAUGCACCUAGUGACUCGGUGCUGCCUAUCCCCGUGGCUACUGCAGUGCACCUGAAACUGGUGCAGCCCUUUGUGCGCAGGAGCAGCGCCCGCAGCUUACAACAUCUGUGUCGGCUAGUCAUCAACCGUCUGGUGGCCGACGUGGACUGCCUACCCCUGCCCCGGCGUAUGGCCGACUACCUCCGACAGUACCCCUUCCAACUCUGACUGAGCCAGGCACCCUGCUCUGCCUCACACAGUCACAUCCUGGAGGGAACACAGUCCCCAGCUGGACUUGGGGUUCUGCUGUCCUUUCUUCAGUCAUCCUGGUGCCUGCAUGCAUGUGACAGCUGGACCAGAGAAUGCCAGCAAGAACAAGGCAGGUGGAGGAGGGAUUGUCACACAACUCUGAGGUCAACGCCUCUAGGUACAAUAUGGCUCUUUGUGGUGAGCCAUGUAUCAGAGCGAGACAGGCAGGACCUCGUCUCUCCACAGAGGCUGGACCUAGGUCUCCACUCACUUGCCUGCCCUUGCCACCUGAACUGUGUCUAUUCUCCCAGCCCUGGUUUCUCAGUCUGCUGAGUAGGGCAGGCCCCCUACCCAUGUAUAGAAUAGCGAGCCUGUUUCUGGGAGAAUAUCAGCCAGAGGUUGAUCAUGCCAAGGCCCCUUACGGGGACGCAGACUGGGCUAGGGGACUACACAGUUAUACAGUAUUUAUUUAUUUAUUCUCCUUGCAGGGGUUGGGGGUGGAAUGAUGGCGUGAGCCAUCCCACUUCUCUGCCCUGUGCUCUGGGUGGUCCAGAGACCCCCAGGUCUGGUUCUUCCCUGUGGAGACCCCCAUCCCAAAACAUUGUUGGGCCCAAAGUAGUCCUGAAUGUCCUGGGCCCAUCCACCUGUGUAUGGAUGUGCCCACUUUUUUCUCCCAAGCCUCUUUUGGGAGGCUGGGUGGCCAGACAGACAGGAGCCAGAAACACAAGGGCUCCCACUCUUCUCCUCACAGGGCAGCACCAUGGCUUCAUAGAGCUGGCUUCUCUAUGUUGUGCCCCACCUCACCCCCCUGCCGAGGGGCGUGUGCUGGGUCGGGAAGUGGAUGCUUAUCCAAGGGCCGCAGAUGUAGCUCCCUUGUGUCCGUUUCCUGCCUAGGAAGUUGCCUGCACGUGAGAGAGGGAGAAAUACAUACACACCUAACAAGACUUUAGAAAACAAGUGUUAGAACACAAGAACCAGUUUGGGAGUUUUUCUUCCACUGAUUUUUUUCUGUAAUGAUAAUAAAAGUAUGCCUUCCACUUAUGAAGCCUUCA